AUGUACCGAUUCGCGAGGCCGCUGCUCGGCCUCGGCAGCGCAGCCAUGCGCCCCCAGCAGCCCUUCACCAGAGUUCUCCCCGCGGCCAAGAGGAUAGCAGCGUCGCCUGUCGUGGCCGUGUCGGUGAGGAGGGGCUACGCAAGCAAAUUUGCGGCGGACAUGCGGAUGAGUUCGCGCCAGAACAAGAAAGCUUCGCAGGCCGACGGCGGAUAUUCUGCCAGCGAGAUCGAAAAGUCCAUGACUAUGGCACAUAUUAUGCUUCCAGGAACCUUUGUCACCGUACCCUUCUCCCAACUCGACAAGUCCCCCAAGGCCCUCUGGGCAUACAACUACGCCCGCCUCAAGCAACGCGUGCUAGACUUCUUCGCCGUCUUCGGCGCAAAGGUCCACUCCAUGCCGAACUGGACCACCAAGCCGCGCUUCCAGCUCAGCUACACCAAGAUCGUCCCCGAGGCCAAGGCCCUCCACCGCCGCCUGGGCGAGGCCCUGGCCGCCGGCGACAAGGACACCCUCCGCGAGAUCUGCACCCCGGCCCUCUACCAGACCCUGUCGGCCGUCAUCUCGCGCCGCAAGGCGACGGAGAAGCUGACGUGGGAGCUGCUCCGCUACGACGGCAAGCCGCGCAUCGUGAGCCACAAGAUUGCGAUGAUGCCGCCGCUGGGCAAGGCGCCGGUUAUCCAGCAGGUCGUCGUCGCCAUCUCGAGCUCGCAGAAGCUGGACAAGAUUGAGAAGUCGACGAAUAAGCCCGUCAAGGGCGGGCUGCGGGUGCAGAAUCAGACAGAGUACUUUGUCAUGACCAGGCAGUUCAACCCCAAGACGUGGGCGCCCAAGAAGUGGAUCGCGUGGGGCAACACGCAGGCCACGACGAUGGAGGACUGGGAAAUGAUGCAAAAGGGCAUCAAGGAUAUGGAGAAGAAGGAUUAUGCCAAGAGACGGGGGGAGCGGCUGUGA